AUGAAUUCACAAGAUAUUGAACAACAAGACUUAUUCGAUAGCAACGCUUUAGAUAUAAGGAAACGUACAACCAUGGACGAACAAUUCAAUAUUUAUAAUACUACCCUCUCUGAUGAUUUGAUAGAUUUCAAAUAUUUGGACUCAAUUGACUUUUCAAACGUAAAUCUAGAUUAUACCUUCGUUAAUAACAAUCAUAACGAUGAUACAUCCUCGACUCCAACCACCCCAGCAAAAGGUAACUACAUUUUCUCAAAUUCAAACAAAUAUUCUUUACCAUCUCCAUCUUUAUCUUCGUCUGCUACAAAAUUGAACACUGCUAGUAAUAGUUCCACUCAUUUAGGCAACAGUCCCGCGGAUUUCAAUACACUAAUUGAAUCUUUAAACCAAAACAAGCAAGAUACUGCGUCAUCAUUUAUUGAUUUUGAUAAUCUAGCAAAGAGUCCUAUCGAAAAUGUGGACAACUUCUUUAAUGAAUUAUUAUCGGAGGAAAAUAAUGUAAAUUCUUUACCAAUGCAAAGAAGUAUCAGUAAAAUUCUCAAGUCUUCAGAGACUACCAAUAGUACAUCGUUCCCCACCGACAACGAUUUGAGCCAGGCGCUCAAUGAUUAUAGCUUUAAUUUCAAUAUCAAGAAGACAGAUGGUGAUCUAUUCCAAUUGAGUUCUCCAAAACAGACAUUUGUCAAUCCUUCUUUAGUGAAUAAUAUUUCCACUAUCGAUUCUAAUAUCUUACUCUCAAAGAACGAGAACUUUCCAACGGUGGAUAACAAUACAUCAUUUUAUACUACCAAGAACAGUAAGGUCCUCAAACGUAAAUCAGCUUCCUCGAUACCUAAUAUCAGAAGACAGUCUAUAGUUGAUAUUCACAAAAAUAGACGACAGUCAACGAUUGGUACCAGUACUAGUGAUAUCGGGAAUGACGAAGAUUUAGAUAAACAGUUCAAAUGCUCUGAGUGUGAGAAAGGUUUCAAGAGGAGUGAGCAUCUUAAAAGGCACUUUAGAUCGGUUCAUUCAAAUGAAAGACCCUUCCCAUGUAUGCUAUGUGAAAAGAAGUUCAGUCGGAGUGAUAAUCUCUCUCAGCAUUUGAAGACACAUAAGAAACAUGGUGACUUCUAA